UAGGAGGUCACAAAAUUAUUUGUCCUGAAGGUUAUGAUUUCUUUCAAUGAAAGUUAUGAAUACGCAGUUAAAGGUUAAAACUGUGCGAACGUGAUGUCAUAUCCUAUCGUCUGUGUUGUUGGUAAUGUGGUAGUCGUGGGUUUCCUUGUGUGCUGCUCUUAACUUGUAAGUUGAGUUAAAUAUAUUGCGAAAUUUGAUGCGUUAUCGUUCACUUGGAAGCCUAAUGAGCAUCUUACAUUUUCACUAUCACUAUGUGGACGUGCAGAAAAUGUGGAAAGCCUGUUUACUUCGCCGAGCGGAAGACGUCAAUGGGCUAUGAGUGGCAUCCGGAGUGCCUACGCUGUGAAGAAUGUGGAAAAAGGCUGAAUCCCGGACAGCACGCUGAGCACAAGGGGGUUCCCUACUGCCAUGUCCCUUGCUACAGUGUCCUUUUUGGCCCUACUUUAUUUGGCCAUGGUUCACAAGUUGAGGCACACACAAGCUUUGGAAAAAACACCAAGGACCGCCAGUGUGUUUCUUCUGUCCCAAGAAAUCAUCUGGAAGGAAAACUAAAGGUUUACAACCAAUACUAUGAGGGGAAAAGCGGCAUCGUUCAAAGCCGUUUGAGAAAUGGCCGCCUGAUCUUGGAAGGGUCCAUCAGAAUCUUCUGGGGAGUGAAUCAAGUGAUCCGUCUGAAAGAAGACCAUGAUGACCGUAUCCCUGUACGAAGAAGAAGGACAUCACUGCGACUUAGUCGACUGGCCAUCAAUUCAAAGGACAGAGGGUCCAAGUACUUGCAGAAUGGUUCACCUGAAAAGGAAAGUGGUGGCAGCAUGGAAAAUGGCACAGAAGGCAAGAAUGGUGGCCUCAGGAUGAGUGCAAGCACUGACAACAUGGUUGCAGAGGUCCAGCUUUCAGAUCCAGAGUGCAGUGAGAGCCAUACAAACGGCAGUUCAUCAGAAAUUGGCCGCAGCUAUCGGACGCUACCGAACCCCGGCAAACAUUCGCUGUCGGACUUGCUGGCUGACACCAGUGCGCAGCAGCAGUCAUUGGCCUGUGAAGAUGCCAAUGGCUUUGAGGGUGUGACACUGCGCAGCAAGGCUCGUUCCUCACGAGUGAAGCUGCGCCGCCGUUGUUCCAUCAAUGGGCACUUCUACAACAGAGAGACAAGCGUGUUCACUCCCGCAUAUGGUAGCGUGACCAGUGUCUGGGUGACAAGCCUUGUGAAUGCCCCAGAAGUAAUUAACCAGCUCUUGGACAAAUUCAAGGUGGAGAAUUCGCCUCAAGAUUUUGCCCUCUAUGUUGUUCGGGACACUGGAGAACGGAGGUUGAUGCAAGAUGAUGAGUACCCCCUGCUGGCAAGAGUGAUGCUGGGCCCUGAUGAGGCUGUUGCCAAACUGUUCAUCAUGAACAGAGAGAACACCAACGAAAUACCUUAUGAGGUUGCACAAUAUCUCAACUUCAGUGAAGUGGAACUGACAACAUUUAUCAAAAAGUUUCAUGAAGAGGAGGACAGGGAAGUGGAAAAGAUAAAGAACAAGUUUAAGACAUUGCGACAUCGAAUUCAAACCAGAAUGCAAGAACUGAAGUCAAUACCAGUCAAGAUCAACUCCUAAGGACUGCAUAUGUGCGUGAUGUAUCAUCUAAUGUUGAUUACGGGCAUUCAUCAUGCUAAUCUUUAUUGUGCUGCAGGUAACAGCAGAACUUCUAAUGCAAUUGUAACAUGUUGCAUGUUGUGUAUCCCUUCAUUCUAUCACACCUUGUCUCUACAAGAACAAGGCUCAGGUUGGUGCACAGGUCUGUUUGUUUGUUUUGUUUGGCUGCUGAUAAUGACAAUGGCUGUGUGCAUUCUUUGAAGUUAACAUAAUGGGUCAUUGUGCACAUUUACAGGGCCCCUCACCAGGUUUGGGCAUUGCAAACAGACAAGGGCGGCACUGGUGAUCCUGUACGCAAAGUAUCAAAGCGAUGCUCAAUGCGAAAACAGUCAAAAUUUCAAACAAAAGCCACCACACCCUUCCUCUCGAGGGAGCCCCACUUCCAGUCAGAGUCAAGGUCACACGCACAAACGCCUCUAUGCAAGACACACUGCCUACAACCAGGGCAUAUCACUUCAGUAAAUCAUUCAGUGUGGAACGCACAAUGGUGCCACUGGACGUGUGCUGCGCAGCAAAAAGGAGAGAAUAAAAAAACAGGCAUAGCAUGUCACAUGAACGUGACACAGUCCUUCAGCUCCGAUAUGGGAGAAGGCAGGGAAGUAAGGCCACUUGCGGAUGCUAUUCGCGGCAAAGGGCCUCUGCUAGCAGUGACAGUCACUGCCCGAUGGCAUGGCAACAUGACAUUUCAGUUUCUUGUAUCCCCUUUAAUAAUGAACCAAUCUGAAGAAAUAUUUUGGGAAAACGCUCCCUAUAUGGCACCUUACAACUUUUGGUGUUGAACCAAAAUUUGCAGUGGGGCCUGGUUAGGGGCUCUUCAAUGACCCUAUCUAGCAACAUGUCCUGUGUAGUUUGGAUUUUUUUUUCAGACUUCUACUUUAAGCCAAAGAUUAGGCUUGAUUGCUUCUGGUGCUAAGGAACUGUUUUUACAUUUUUUGUAACCAUUAUUCAAUAUAAUCCAAAGAUGGGCAUUAUUGUAUCUUGUGCAAAGCAAUCGUUUUUAUAGCUAGUGCAGUUGUCAUUUGGCAUUACUACUUGUACACUUAGUCUUUUUGUUGACGAGCAUGAACAAAUCCUCAGAGGUAUAAUCAUUUGUUAUGCUGUUUAAUAUAUCUGCAAUUCAUUUUAAAACGAGAGGAAUAUAUGUAAUGCCACAGGUCUUAGGCACAUUGCACAGACACGAAGCAGAGGUCUCAUUUUAUGCACAGUGUUGUUAAUUCCGGUAUGAUCUUGGCCAUCUCCAACACAUCAAAACUGUGCAUGUCACAGGACCAUGUCAUUAACCAUUGUUAUUUAAAAUCUUCAGUUUCUCAUUGACAUUGCAGCCAUUCUGAAUACUCAUGAUUUAGUGCCAAACUGGUGGUCAUUGUGAGCACAGCUGUGUGUUUAGUGUAACAAUUAGGCUUCAUUUGGUAACUGGGAAUGCUUAAAUGUCAUUGCAUGUGUCUAGUCUUUAAAUUGUGCAGCUGUUCAUUUCACCUGUGGCAACUACGUAUUACUCUGCAAGACAGCUAAUAUUGCUUACUGAUCUGUGCUUGUAUAUUUUUGUGAAUAAACACUGUUUUUGAAUGAA